AUGAUGGUUCCGUCAAAGACAGAUUUACUGGUGACAAUCACGGGAAUGUUCGUUCAUAGUCAUAGCAUAAGUUUCAAUAGCCAUAAUAGCAGCGGCGUUGACGGCUUCUCCGGCGGAGGGAUUCCUGGAGCCAUCGGGAAUCAGAGGACCUCGGUGUACGGAGACCAGGCACACAGCUUGCAACCAGUCAUACCAUCGAGGCAAAGACAGGCUCAGUAUGGUCACAGAGAGGCCCCUCGCAACGACCAUGGGGACUAUAAUAUUAACGACAGCAGCAACUACUGGGCGUUCAAUAACGGAGGCUCUCUUAUCCGACUCGUAAAGACCGAGCUAGGUCUGCGCAGCACCUCAGACAUCCGGCCACCAGGUGCCAAUGGCGGACGCCCUGCGUUGGCCAAUGGGGGAGGCAUUAAAGCGCCAAGUCCUGGUAGCAACAUUUCCCUGCACCCAUCCUCAUCCGCGUCCAACAUUGAACAUUGCAGGCAGGCACCUCAUCCCCGUCGAGGUCAGGCUACUCCAGAGCUGCCGCCCGAAUCUGGGGAAACCAACUUUGAACGGAGAGCUCAAAUGAGCGAGCAAGUUUUAUCUAAGAAAGUUCAAGACAUGGAACGGCGCUUUGCCAGUAUCGAAGCAUCAAAUUCAUGUACCCGACAUAAGCCGAACGGUGAAGCACCGCGCGAGGCUGCUCGAUUACAUCACCAUGACCUUGGCCUUUGCGAUUUUGCGCAGCUGCGCUGGGCCACAAUCGCCUUGGAUUGUUAG